ACUUACACCACACAGUAAUUUAGACUAUAUGUUAGCGGAUUAUUGUUCUCUCCCCUAGAUAUAAAUUUGUGUUUCAGUGGUCUUUGCAAUUCAUUGAUACAAAAUGACUGAGCCUCAGCAAGUGAGUGCCUACCCUCUGCCACCAUUGCAAUACAUCAACCAAUAUACAGAUGAGAAUGUGAAGAGAGGGAGAGCACCUGCCCCACCCACACCCAUUGAGGAAUAUACAACAUUUGGCAAUAGCUUCACAGCCAACGACCAGAUCAUCCGUACUUUAGAAUCUCAGAACUUCAGGAGACUACAUCCAACCAUGUAUGAUCACAAGCGAGAACUGAAAAAACUUAACCACUCUAUUCUGGCAAAUUUUCUUGACAUGCUGGACAUUCUUAUUAAGGCUCCGGAAUCUGCAAAGCGACAUGAAAAGCUUGAAGACAUUAAUCUCCUGUUUAUUCACAUGCAUCAUCUUAUCAACGAGUUUCGCCCACAUCAGGCUAGGGAGACCUUGAGAGUGAUGAUGGAGUUGCAGAAGAAGAAACGUGACGAGGUUACGGAGAAGUUCCAGGGCUAUCUAGACAAGGUGAAAGAACUAAUACAGUCUUGCGCGAACGCACUUCCAGACGACUUCAGUUUGGACUCAAAGGUGUUGGUUAAGAGCGAAAUACUGACGUCAGAGUACGAUGAGGCAGAACGGGUGAAUGGGGCUGAAGGCUGUGACAAGCUGGACAGGAUGAUGUGUGACAUUGUAGAGGGAAUGGGUUAACAUGGUGAUCUAACCGAAGAAGUUUGGACAAUCUUUCAUUACUGUUGUGUAUUGUUUGUUAACAUGCAUUAAAAACAUGACCUGGCUUCAGCCUGAAA